UCACAAUGCCCCUGGUGAGCCUGGCAUUCCAAUCAGGAAGUAUAAGAUCAUCCGGACUGCCACCUCCCAGCUGGUAACCAACCGGUCCCCUGAGCAGUAUGGAGGAGGAUGUGCAGUGGGCUACCAAUGUGACAGCAGAACUGGACCUCAAGAAGUCUGAGCGUUGCAGAGCGCGAGCGGUGAAGCUGGGACAUAUAAAGUGGGACACACCUGAACAGGAAGAACCAGGCUGUGAACCCACCAAUCACAAUGUUGAACGCAUCCAGCCAGAGGAGAGAGAGAGGAAUUCAUUUUCAGAGGGGAAGAUAGUUGAUCAGGGAGAACCAGAGAGCAUAAAGGAGAUCUGCCAGAGGAGGAAGUUGAAGAAGUCAGGGUCCUCAUCCAAGGUGGCCGUGGACAUACCUGUGUUAGGACCUGUAGACACGUUUGACUUCAUGAAGGCAGCAACUCAGGGUAAACUCAAAGUGGUAGAGAAAUAUCUGGAAGAUGGAGGAGACCCCAAUUUCAGUGAUGAGGAAAGUACUAGUCUGUAUGGUAUAUGGUCAACUUAUCAUGUCACAUGAUCUGGAUUUUAACCUUUAUUAAGAUUUUUCACCGAACAAUUACUUUUUCUUUUAAUGUCAGAAAGUCUAGCACCAUCCUCAGACAAUUCCUUUAAUUUUUGGUCUAAUUCCCAUUUCUGGAAAUGGCUUAAAACAAAGGUUAAAAUCCAGGCAUGUGACUUCACUUCACAAAAUAUAUGUAUUUACUUGUUGAAAGAUCUGGCCUCAAUAGUUCGAAGUUCAACUGUAUUGUCCAAGAGGUAAAUUGAAAUGAUUGUGGCCUAGCAAUCUGCAAUGGCCUUGCCCUACUGUAGCAGUAGCACAAAAUAUUUUUAAAAACUCAAUUGUACCUUUUAGCUUAAACAGAUAUCAUUUUAACAGUUCAACAUCUUGCAUAACUAAAUAUUUUUCCAGUUAAGGAGGACAGCACUGCACUUUGCCUCCAUCGAGGGACACUCUACCGUCAUCCAGAAGCUUCUAGAGAAAGGAGCUAAC